UUCAGCAGCGUAGCCAUGACAACGCCAUGGGCCACCGCUCCAACAUCGACGCCGACAUCGACUCCCUGACCAGCAUGCUGGCCGACCUGGACAGCCACCAGCCGGACCCCAACACACAGCUCUACGACAACGUGCCCUACAGCCCCCACCCCCAGGCCGACCGCUACAGCCCCUCCCCCCAGAGCGUGGCCCCGCCCCCGCUGCCGAGCCGGCCCUCCGUGGGCUACCCCCCCCACCCCUCCCAGAACCAGUACCACCAGGCCCGGGCCUACCCCGCCGAGCCCCAGUACCCCCAGCACCACCACGGGCCCAGCCCCCACCAGCACAGCCCCCACCCCCAGCAGCAGCAGCACCACCACCCCCACCUCCAGCAGCAGCACCACCCCCAGCAGGACUACUACACCUCGUCCUCCUCCGCCGCCGGCGCGGGCCCCAAGCCCUACCCCCAGCCGGUGCCGGCGUCCUACUCCACCGCCUCCACCCCCACCGGGCCCCACUUCGGCGGGCAGGUGAAGACGGCGCAGCCCGUCACCUACUCCCAGACGGGCCGGCAGGCGGAGCAGGCGCACACGCCGCCGCCGCCGCCCCGCCAGCACCAGCACGGGGCCCCGGCCCCGGCCCCGGGGGGGGGGGGGGGCCCCGCGGGGCUGGUACGCCGGGGCCCCCCAGGGCCAGGAGAUGCACCACCCCGGGCGGAGCCGGGCCCCCAGGGGGGCGGCAGAGGGGCCCAGAGGGGGCCGGAGGGCUACCAGACGAACAAGGGGGCGUCCACACCCAGACCUGAAGAGGAGCUGGACCGGCUCACCAAGAAGCUGGUGUACGACAUGAACCACCCCCCUGUCGAGGAGUACUUUGGCCGCUGCGCCCGCUGCGGGGACAACGUGCUGGGCGACGGCAGCGGCUGCAUCGCCAUGGAGCAGGUGUUCCACGUGGAGUGCUUCACCUGCAUCACCUGCCACGCCCGCCUGCGGGGGAAGCCCUUCUACGCCCUGGACAAGAAGAGCUACUGCGAGAGCUGCUACAUCAGUACGCUGGAGCGUUGCUCCAAGUGCUCCAAGCCCAUCCUGGACCGCAUCCUGCGGGCCAUGGGCAAGGCCUACCACCCUCGCUGCUUCACCUGCGUGGUGUGCAACUGCUGCCUGGAUGGGGUGCCCUUCACCGUGGACGCCACCUCCCAGAUCCACUGCAUCGAGGACUUCCACAGGAAGUUUGCCCCGCGCUGCUCCGUGUGUGGCCAGGCCAUCAUGCCCGAGCCGGGCCAGGAGGAGACGGUGCGCAUCGUAGCGCUGGACCGCAGCUUCCACGUCAACUGUUACGUCUGUGAGGAGUGCGGCCUGCUGCUGUCUUCCGAGGAGGAGGGCCGGGGGUGCUACCCGCUGGACGGUCACAUCCUGUGCAAGAGCUGCAGCGCCCGCCGCAUCCAGGACCUCUCCGCCAAAAUAUCCACCGACUGCUAGCACGCCGCGGAAGCCGUCGGUUGGUUCCACUGGCAUCAACUCUCAAGCAGUUUCAAAAUAAUGGCAGAUUCCGAUCUGGUUGAACGAGUUGGGGGUAGUUAAGAUAACAAAUAUAUACAAAAUCAUGGUACUCCCUAUGUACCGCGUUUUUCUGAGGCCACACUUGAGGCUUCGGUUCUUUGGUGCCCCCUAGUGGUACAGAAUCGCUAAUGAUGUUUUCUGUUCACAACGGUCACGCUCGUGACUUGUCAUGUGAAACACACUCUGUUGUUUGCUUCCGCCGGACUCGGGGUCCCUUACUAAAAAAUACCGUCCUAUAGUUUCGUUGUUAUUUUCUUUUUAUUUCUCGUUUAUUCCCUUUGGUUCAGUGUCACCUUCAGAAAACCUGACCUGCAGGCAGCUAGGGCUCCAACACAGGAGCCACUUACAACGUCAAAUCACCGCGUACUACACGGCUAAUGGCUACUGCAUUUGCUUGUUACUGGGAUUGGUUCAAAGGAGGGUCCACCGACUUUGGCCAAUCAGAAUGCCACGGUGUUUCACCAAAGAAGGCGACGUGUUACUUUGUAUGAUGUUUGCCUUUGGUUACUCUUAAGAUGGCUCCUGGUCUACACCUGUACCCUCCAUAGGUCAUAGGAUAUGAAUAAUGGUAGAUAAUAUGAUGUUCAACACGUGUGGUACCACUGUGUUCACUAUAAAUAAAUGGAUGACAAUUGGAUUUUAGGGGAACUACUUUGAAAUAUGAAAAUAAUGGAAUUAAUGUAUUCAAAAAUGAAAAAGUACUUAUGAGCGUUGAACGACCCCAAUCCACCUCAUAGAAAGUAUCAAAUACAACGUGAACUGUGACUGUACAUAAUUGUUUGGUUUCAACGCUAACCGAUGCUAGUAUGCUAGUACAACACAGAACAAGGCACGGCUUUCAUUUGGGACCUCCUGCCAAAUCAAUAUUUCUAGAUGUCCGGAAAUCAAUUAUUAUUAUUAUUUUAUUUUUUUCAUUGUUACUUAAAAAAACUAACUGUUUUAUACUUGACUGUUACCGUGAAUAUGAAGGUGCAAUGAAGUUCAAAUUCAAUCAACUGCCAAAAGCAGAAGAAAACCAGGGUUGUCAGACAACUUAUUUUGAGGGCCAUGUAACGAAGCCAGGUCCUCUGGCUCGUUCUUUGUGUUACAGUAUUUAUUUAGUUUGGCUUUUUCCUGUUUACCCGGUCUUUCCGUCCGACACUUAUUUUUAUUUUUAUUUUGUGUGUCAUGUGUUUAUCUGCCAUCAAGGGCUUAUCUUUUCCAAAAGCUUACCUCAAUGACUUCUGGCUCUGUGCCAUCCUUGUUUUUCGGAUGCAUUACCCUUCAUUCACAUUGUUAGAUUUACUCGCUUGUCUUUUUUUUUUUUACAAUACAUUGUCAAAACUCAUUGAGGUUAUUUUCUUAUCCGAGGUCAAAGUGCCAUGAUGAGAUGAGUUAACACACUAGACACGCCAACGUCAGUAAAUCAACGCGACCUGCUGGGUUUGUCGUUGCUUAUGUUUGUGCUGAAGUCGGCCGCGACAUGAGCGAAACCCCCGUGACAUCACCCACCUGAAGGCUUCUGUUUUGUAGCCUACCGAAGCACGGGGUUGUACGUUCGACACAAGCUGCGACAGGAACCGGCUGAUGAAAUGAGAGCAAUACGACUAUAUGAUGUGGCUUCUCCCAUGCAGAUUGUACUUCAUUAAAAAAAAAAAGAAUACCCUAUUAAAAA